UGGUGGCUCUGGAAGGCAGACGGCGAGAAGCAACGAAACAAACAAAUGACUAAACAGAAAAUCACUCGCAAAAAUCGUUCUUCUCUCCACACACAAUCAAAUCGAUCUCUCUCGCUCGUCAUCAAAAUUGGCAAAACCAAAAAGAGACAUUUUGUUCUUCCUCCAAGGUUUUCUUGUUCUUAAAAGGUGAAAAGCAAACGCUAAAUCCCUGUGUUCAGAAGUACGAUAUUCGCAAAAUCAGAAAAAGAUUGCAAAGGCAAACUUUGUAUGAUAGAAAUUAUAUCCGAAAUUGUUUGAGGUCAGAAGCAGUGGAUUCUUUGUCUCGAUAAAUAACAAGUGAUUAAUUGCUGACCUCUCGGCAACUAAAACAACAUCCACAACUUUGGACAACAAAGACCUCAGUAAAGUGUGAACGUGAAGUGACCGUCAUCAUGUCUACUCCAGCUCGACGACGAUUAAUGAGGGAUUUCAAAAAACUACAAGAGGAUCCUCCUGCUGGAGUCUCUGGAGCUCCUACCGAUAACAACAUUCUUCUAUGGCAUGCAGUCAUUUUUGGCCCCCACGACACACCAUUUGAAGAUGGGACUUUUAAAUUAACUAUAGAGUUUACAGAAGAAUAUCCCAAUAAGCCACCCACGGUUCGAUUUCAGUCUAAAAUGUUUCAUCCCAACGUAUACGCGGAUGGAGCAAUUUGUUUGGAUAUUUUACAAAAUCGAUGGAGUCCAACCUACGAUGUAUCAGCCAUCCUUACCUCAAUCCAGUCAUUAUUGAGUGAUCCAAAUCCUAAUUCUCCUGCAAAUUCAAUGGCAGCUCAAUUGUACAAAGAGAACCGAAGAGAAUAUGAGAAAAGAGUGAAAGCAUGUGUUGAACAGUCGUGGAUGGAUUAAUUUCGCAAAUCAAGGAAACUAUGAUUUUGUUCUCGUCCGUGGUCGACGUCGUACAUUAAUAGUUCAGUUAACCUCCUGAUGAUGUAUCGAAAUUGAACGAUUUUUUGUCCCUCUCUCACUCAAUCACGCUCAUUUUUUUUCUCAAGAAUAACGUAAUGCAAUUUUUCGUGUACUAUUAUAUUAACUUGUUGCUCUUAAUACAUGUUUAUGUGAUCCUAAAAUCUUCCUUGUCCCACACGUGAAAUUUUUGCGAAUAACUAAAAUCAUGAAACUUAGGUUGGUUAAAAUUGUCAACUUGUGAAAUCUCUGCAGCAGUUGUACUAUGUAGUGUAUGAGUUAUGCAUAUGUAUAUCAACACAUGUAUGUACAUAUAUAUAUACUUGUACAACUCGAACCACAAUUCCACACUUAUUAUUUGACGUGUACAAUUAUUUACAGGAUCCUCCUACUCUCAUGAUUUGACACUGUACAAUAAUAAGUUCUUAAACCGAAGACGUUAUAACUUACUUGUACUACUACUUAAUUUCAAUGUGUUAUGUGUGGCCAACGUUAUUAGAUUAAAAGUUUAGGAGACCAGAUUUGUUAUCUGAUGAAUUUGAUAUUAUUACUACGGAAGUCAGUCAGUCACAGUGUACAUAUGUUAGAAACGUAGUUAAAUCCCACCAUAUGCACUAGACACUUUGAGCUAUUAAUUAUUAUAUACUGAAUGAUACUAGAUUUAGAAAUCGAUAGUUUAUUAUUUAGUUGACAACAUGUUGCAUAAAUACCAUUUGGUUCUAUUUCAUUUGUGUGUCUGUAAUUUUUUAUGAAUUCGCAUGCAUGAUACUAAUGUCACUAUGAUACUAUGUACAUGCAAGAUGCAAAUGAUACUAAUGUAAUGUCACAUUAUGUCACUUCGCGAAAAAGUCGGAACAAUAUGUUGCUUUCAUACGAAAUAAGUAUAUUUCUUGACACAGGGUUUGUUUGUCGAUAGCAAUCAUAAUUAUAAAUCGUCAAAGAAAACAGACUUGUGGUCGUGUUACUUGUUGUCGAGUUAAUAAAUAAACGUCUACGAUGAAUUACUAAAUAAUUACUGAAUAAUUUA